UUAAAUCCAUUAGUUUUCUAGAAAAAUGUCAAAAUACAUAAUAUUUCGUAAAAUUGCCGAAAUUAGCAUAUUUACGAAUAUUUUAUCAUAUAUGACGAACCAUAUGUGAUACGACCUAAUGUUUCAUACAAAAAUUGUUUAAAAUUAAAUUUUACGAAAUAAAAGUAUUAAGUACAAAUUUCAUUGAACCGAUCGUUUUAUUGCUAUAGCUGAAUUAACUCGAUCAUAUUACGAUUUUUACUAAAUAUAUGAAUUUUAAUGCUAGAUUCUGUUAGUUAUCAUCUGGUUCAUUACAACACUUAUCGUACAAGUACGGCGAUAAUACUAUGGUAUGACUGAAUUAAUGUAUUGUUAUUAUUUUUAAAUUAUAAAUAACUCUGGAAAUCGUAAAUUUAUUACAAAUCGCAGCAAUAGAUAUAGUGAACUUAUACUUAUACCACUUUAGUCGCUCACAUCGCGUAUUAAGUUGAACUGCUUCCUAUUGUGUUUUUCUUUUAGUGUACGUAAAAAUGUCCGUAGUAUUAAGAAAUGACAAUAAAAUAUUUUUAAUAGGGUCUUUGACUACUCAAAUUUUAGGUUCAAAACUUCCAUCCAUUGGACAAGUUCUAAAAGUUUUUUUUUAUAACCUAAGAAUUGUUAAUCUUACUAUAAGAGCAAAAGCAGUAUUGACUAUUCGCGAGUGUAAUAUUUUCUGGGAAAUGGACGAUUCCAUUUCAACCGAAAUAAAAAAAUUAAUGGUUGUAUCCCUUAAUAAUGAGUCAAUAAUAAACCCUAGUAAACGUUUUAUUCUUUCAUCGAGUCAUAUUGACAAAUCAUUUUCAGGAAAAACUGUAGCUUCUUUUUUGUCAAAAAGCAGUAUGAAAUUUUUCAAACGAUUCGAUAUCAAUACUAAUUUUUUAAAUUUGGAUCCAAGUAAUUGGAAUACUGAUAAUUUUUAUUUACACGAAAAAGAAAUUGUUUGUUCACUUAAAGUAGUAAAUGACUCUGCAGAUAAAGCGGUUAAGGUAAUGGAAGAUUUUCAUGAAAGUUUAACUGUAAACGAUGAAAAAGCUGAGUUACUUUUACACUGUGUGUUCAAGAGCAUAGAAUAUUAUAUCCUAAUUGCAACAAAAAAACAUUAAAACAUAGUUUUUAAUGUAUAUUUUUGUUAUAAUUUGUGAAUUAUUUUGAAUUUAACAUUUUGUAUUUUAUAUAGUAAC